AAUGGGGACUUGAUCAAUAUAAUUCUAAUUUUGCGAAAACUUAAAGAAAAUAUGAAAUUACGUUUUUUUAGUGAUUUGACAUUUUCGUACUAUGUUAAAAGUGUUGUUCAUAAUAGUUUUUUUACGAUGUGUUUAACAGUGUAACCAAAAGUUUUCAGUUUUUGUUUUCGAUUUUAUUUUAUAAAGGAUGGUUGUACUAAAUUAGUGUCUUUUUGUGUAGUUUGAUUUGAGUUCAAUUCAACAUUAAGAAAUCAUGCAGACGGAAGACGAGUUUGCUCGUAACCUGCUGGACCAUAUGCCUCCCAUCAACUGCGAUCUCUUCGAAGGACCCUACGGUGGUAACAAUGACAUAGGAGACAUGACAUUCUGUCUGGGAAACUAUGUUCCUGACUUUAUGAAGAUGCUUUUCACAAUGCGAUCGCAUCACAUGUUAACAGACGUUGUCUUGGAGGUAGGAAACGAAUUGUUUCAUGUACACAAAGUAGUGCUAGCAGCUGGCAGCCCUUACUUUAAGGCUAUGUUUACAAGCGGUUUGAAAGAAUGCGAAAUGUCUCGCGUUAAACUACAGGGUGUUUGUCCGUCGGCGAUGGCUUGGCUGGUUUACUUCAUGUACACAGGAAAGGUCCGUAUAACGGAGGUCACCGUCUGCCAGCUACUGCCCGCCGCUACAAUGUUCCAGAUAACUAACGUGAUAGACGCCUGCUGCGCCUUCCUGGAGCGGCAGCUGGAUCCAUCGAACGCCAUCGGGAUAGCAAACUUCGCGGAGCAGCACGGCUGUGUCGAGCUCAAACAGAAAGCUAACCAGUUUAUAGAGAGGAACUUCACUCAGGUUUGCCAAGAUGAAGAAUUCUUGAAACUAACACCUCAGGAGUUAAUAUGUCUGAUAAGGAAAGACGAACUAAACGUUAGAGAGGAGAGAGACGUCUACAACGCAGUGUUAAGCUGGGUGAAAUUCGAUGAAGACCGCCGUCACCCCCGUAUGGAGCACAUCCUGCAAGUCGUGCGAUGUCAGUACUUGACGCCCAGCUUCCUGAAAGAGCAGAUGACCACGUGCUCUGUGCUCAAGAAAGUACCCGCCUGUAGAGAAUACCUCGCCAAGAUAUUCGAGGAUCUGACUCUCCACAAGAAGCCAAUAGUGAAGGAGCGUUGUCCGAACACUCCCCGCAUAGUGUACGUAGCGGGAGGAUACUUCAGACAUUCGAUAGACGUCUUCGAGGCUUUCAACUUAGACGACAACUGUUGGACCACGCUACCCAGGCUCACCGUGCCACGAUCAGGGCUGGGAGCCGCCUUCCUGAAGGGUUUAUUCUACGCAGUGGGUGGCCGCAACACGUCCCCGGGCUCCUCGUACGAUAGCGACUGGGUGGACGUGUACAGUCCCACGACGGAACAGUGGAGACCAUGCAGCCCUAUGGCCACGCCCCGGCAUCGGGUCGGUGUCGCUGUGAUGGACGGACUGCUGUACGCUGUCGGUGGGUCGGCUGGAUCGGAGUAUCACAAGACUGUGGAAUGUUACGAUCCAGAGAAGGACACGUGGACCUACAUAGCGGCGAUGGGUCGGGCGAGGCUCGGGGUCGGCGUCGCGGUUGUCAACAGGCUGCUGUACGCAGUAGGCGGCUUCGACGGCGCCAGGAGGACGGCCUCCGUCGAGAACUACCACCCCGAGAACAACUGCUGGACGGAACUGGCACACAUGAAGUACGCCAGGAGUGGAGCUGGUGUGGCGGCCUGGAAUCAGUAUAUCUAUGUAGUGGGCGGAUACGACGGAUCGUCUCAGCUGUCGUCCGUGGAGAGAUACGACACAGAACAUGACACGUGGGAGGAGGUCACACCCAUGAGGUCCGCGAGGUCUGCGCUCUCACUCACGGUCCUUGACAACAAGCUGUAUGCUAUGGGCGGAUACGACGGCACUUCAUUCCUGGACGUGGUAGAGAUCUACGACCCGGCCACUGACACGUGGUCGGAGGGCACGGCGCUGACGUCGGCACGCUCGGGCCACGCCUCCGCCGUCAGCUACCAGCACGCGGCGCCACCCGACGCGGACGCCCGGCGACACGAUGACGUCACCAUGAACGUACAACACGCACACAGAUAACAUACAACACACACACACACACACACAGAACAGCGCUGCCUUAAUGUUACAUUACAUUGCAAGUGAUCUGACAUUGUAACCGAUGAUAUAAAACUUAUUUAAUUCGUCUCGCUCAUACUAAAUAUAUCAAGCCAAGUCUUCUUUACUACAAGCUUCAAUCGCCAACUACAUACGGAUCGUGUCGGGGUUUUCAACGUGUGCGGACAUUCAUUAAUAUAAAAAUAGUAACGGUCCAUACUUAGUUUGACGAUGCAAACUUGACCUAAUGUAAAAAUAUUAUCACACGCAGUGCUGGUGUACGUUUGUUUAAUGUCUUAGUCUUCAAAUAUGAACCCUUAGAAAGUGUAUUAUCUAUACAAAAACGUUUCCUCGAUAGACACGAAGAGACACACACAUCGGGGAUGUAAUGUAAAAUGUAACUUGUAAUAUAUAGUUUAAGCGUCAUUAUCUUUAUUUCAUUCUUCCAAUCAUAUAAUGAGCAAUACCUAACUUAUAAUUGUACAUUCUCACAUGUUCCAUGUUAAUGUUAUUGUUGAAUCCUGUAAUGUGACAGUUAAUUUACAAAAAAAAAAAAAACUAGUUUCCAUAUAUAUUGUGUACCUAGCCACCUUUAUGAAUGUGUAUAGCUCCACCUACAGUUGAUAAUUUUCAAGUGAUGUAAAGGCAUUUAAAUUGAAAUACAAUUAUAUGAAUGUUUUAUUUAUGUUUAUUCUCAAUAGUCAGAUUAAUGUGAAUUAUUCAUAUCCAGACAAUAUGUAAUUAACAUUGAAAUUUCAAUAAUCCAAGCAAUUUAUAUCUAUGAACUAUGAGGCAUGAUGAAAAAUGUUAUACAUAUUCUUAGUGCCAUUUAAUUAGUUUUACAAGAGAAAAUUCAAGAUUUCAUGUAUCAUAAUGUUUGCAAUAAAAAUAUAUUAAGCUUGUAGAAGCUAGUAGAAAAAUGUAAAUUAUCUAUAAAUAUAACAAUAUUAAGAAUU